AUGAAGAUAAAUGUGUACGUUGCGGUGGAAGGUGGUGGCGCUGCACGUCGAAUCUGCUGGUACAUGGGUACAUCGGAUACCCAAGUGGAGAAGGCAAUACGUAUACAGCUGCGUCUGCCACGAGAGACAGAGUUCCUAUUACGAGACGCUGACGGCGACAUGGUGCCGGUGUCCUCGACGUUGCCCAAUGGCCAACACUACACGGUGGUAAUACACGAAGAUGGCUACACCACGAGCAAUGCAAAUACCGCGACUACCAUCAUAUCACCACCAAGUCCCAAGAGGAGGAGGCUAGAGACGGAUGACGACGCUGUUACUCCCCCAUCGCCUGCAUCUCCUCUCGUCGAUCCCGUUUCUGCCAUCACCCCACCUAUUCGUCGUGUGUCUGCACCGCACCGACCAGUUGCGACAAUUAUUGCACAGUUUGUCGAUACCUUCACUCGCCCCAUUGCCAACGAGGACAAUAUGAACUUCAUACCGAACGCUGGUCCCUUCGCACUGUACGAGCUGUACUGCAAGGUGGUGCUAGAUAAAAAAUUUCAUCCAAAACGUGAAGACGUUUUCUACAAGAUGACAUCUUUGCAUUGCAAAGUAGAUCGUCAGCGUGUAAACCGGUAUUACCAGUGUCCAGUGGAGAAUGGACAAGGCACGAUGUAUGUGCAAUUCAAACCACAGGGUAAAGGGGUAUUACUACGGAGAUACCGCAAAUUGGGACAUGCGGAGGAGCUGGAAGACGUGGUGAAGGCGGCACCGUUCGUCUUGUGGCUUGGACUAGAUCCGAAUGAAGUGGUGGCCUUAUACACGCGCUUCCUGGAAGGUUUCGUGCCGAUUACCAAAAGAACGUUUCGAUAG